UUUAUAUUUUUAACUUAUAGUCUUAUUUUGCCUUGGUAGUUGUUGUUUUAUCUCUCUGUUGGGUUUGCAAGGCUUUUGCGUUUUCAUUUCAUCAUUUCCUGAAAAAUCUUGUGGUCCGCAGUCUCCUUCUGCUGCUGCUGCUUCGGCCUUCAGUUUUGGAAACACAUGAAGCAAUUGUGACCUCAUUAUAUAGCUGCACGUAUUCCCUGGAGAACCAAUUGACAACCUCGGUGUUUGUCUCUCUACUCUUUGACACAAGUUCAAAUGGCUGCUAGCAAACCAGCAUUUUUCACGGUCCUCAUUGGUGAUUUCUGCCGACAACUGAAAAUGCCAACUGCGUUUGUGGACAAGUUAAGGGGAACACCACCUUGCCAAUGUGUUCUUAGAGGUCCCAAUGGACAAAGUUGGAAUGUGACACUGGAAGAGAGAGAAAGUGGUUUGUUCUUCCGUAAGGGUUGGCGGAAAUUUGUGAAGUAUCAUUGUUUGGAAGAAGGGGACUUUUUGGUCUUCCAUUAUACUGGCAAACUUAAGUUUGAUGUCACAAUUUAUGAUGAAAGUGCCUGUGAAAUGGAUUUAGAAGUAUCCAAGAGGAGAAGUCUCGCUGAUGGUAGUAGCGAUCAAGUAACGUCUGGGAAGGCUGUAAUUGAAGAAACACCAACUGGAUUGACGGUGUUCCAGUCAAGGAAUUCAUGUUUUAUGAAAACUUUGGAGACAUUUAGACGUUAUGAUCUGACGAUUCCGCAGAAAAUAGUGAAAGCUGAGGGUCUUAAGGGACACAUGUCUCUAACGCUUCGAGAUCCAAAACAGAGAUCACGGAUUGUUGAGACUGAUGUCACCUUAGAUAAACGUUUGAAGCUGACAAAAGGUUGGUCCCAAAGUUGCCGGGAGUUCAAGAUCUCAAUUGGGGACAAGGUUGUUUUCGAGUUUGUCAAGCCAAAUGUGAUUCAACUUCAUAUCUUCAGAGGCAAAGAUGUGCUACUUUCAGGUCCUAAAGUUGUGGACUCUAGCAACUAUAGGCAAAUCUAGUUCACUGCAGUUUCUUUAUGAUUGCAAAUCUUUUGAUUAGAGAUGAUCUUGUAUUUACGCUAUUUAUUAUCAUUCCCCAGACUUAAUCUAGGAGCUGCUUUAUUGUCAAUUUCAAUUUUCUCUUCUUGUUUUUUUUAUCAAAAUUCCAAUUUCCAAGUAUAGCUU